CUGUCACUCAAACCAGCCCCAGCCAAUCGAGUACUUUUGUCCUUUUCACGUUACAUUCGCCGGGCAGUUAGUGCUACUAUCCAACAUGUCGGCUGCGCCUGUGUUCCCCAUGUGUGUGCGAGCGAGCCGGGGCCUCCUGAGGCUCAGGAGCGGGGUAGUGGGUGCCUCUUCCCCGGCUAUGGUGGACAUGGUCCGGACUCUCUCGACUGAAAAGCCGCCGACAGGAGCUGGCAGUGCGACGGGCGGACUGGCUCAGGCUAUCCUCCAGCAGAGACUCCAGCAGCAGCAGCAGCAGCAGAGUCAGGGGCAGCCUCCUCCUGAGGGAGGUGAGGGGGAGAAGGAGGGAGAACACACAGAGGACAAGAAGCAGAAGGAGAACACUGCCUACGCUAAGAAGAUGGUGCUACGACUCGCGGGGCUCAUGGGAGUUGGCGGAGCAGUCGGCAUGGUCUACCUAUUUGGCACCAAUUCAGUGGAUGAACAAGGAAACAUGAUUCCAGAUGAGUUUGACAGAGAUCCUCCCGUCGUCCAACAGUUGAAAAGAACCUUCAAAUACUUCCAGGACUACAGACAGAUGAUCAUCGAGCCCACGAGCCCAAAGCUGCUGCCCGACCCUCUCAAGGAACCGUACUACCAGCCUCCCUACACGCUGGUGCUGGAGCUCACCGAUGUCCUGCUGCACCCGGAGUGGUCGUUGUCGACAGGUUGGCGGUUUAAGAAACGUCCGGGCAUCGACUACCUGUUCCAGCAGCUCGCACCGCUCUACGAGAUUGUCAUCUUCACUGCAGAGACUGGCAUGACGGCGUAUCCUCUGAUCGACAGCAUUGAUCCUCAGGGUUUCGUUAUGUAUCGCCUCUUCAGAGAUGCAACACACUACAUGGAGGGGCAUCAUGUUAAGGACGUGUCCUGUCUGAACCGGGACACCAGUAAGGUGAUCGUGGUGGACUGUAAGAGGGAGGCCUUCAGCCUGCAGCCCUUUAACGGCAUGGCUCUGAAGAAAUGGGACGGAAACUCUGAGGACCGAACGCUCUACGACCUCGCCAACUUCCUCAAGACUAUCGCUCUGAGCGGAGUGGACGACGUACGUUCCGUGUUGGAGAACUACGCUUUGGAGGAAGACCCCAUCGAGGCGUUCAAACGCAGACAGGCUCAGCUGGCACAGGAGGAGGAGCAGCGUCUGGCCGAGCUCGCCCAGCAGAAGAAGCAGGGACUCUCUCUCGGCUCCAUUGCUUCGCGGUUCUGGCGCUCCAAACAGCAGUGAGCCCCGCCCCCUCUCACUUUCCACCAAUCGCAGCCCGGCUCGCCAUCUGUAUCGAGAGGAGGGGCCAGAGGAUAAACGGGAAGGGGAGUGGGAGGACCUGCGUACUGUCACUGAGCGGCCCCUACAACCAAUCAUGUCUCAGUGGGCGGGUCUGCGGAGCUUGAACAUUUGCCGUCCUCUGCACCAAUGAGAAAGGCACUUCCUGUUUUUAUGGAGGCGGGGCGUCGACGGCCCCCUCCCUUUGGUCAUCUUGAUGUCAAGUGAUGCAUAUCAAGUUGUUGAUUGGUUAAAAAAGAAAAAAACAGAGGAUCCAGGUCAGGAUAAACUCUUGUUGUUGGCGGUUUGGAGGCUGGUCUGAGAUCAGCGCUGCUAUCACUACUUCAGCUCUGGUCAGCCCCGCCGUCCACAGGAUCUGACCUGAGAUCAGCAGUGCUCUGUCCCGUACCACACCUUCAGAUUGUGUAUUUAAUUUUAUUUUCUAUUUCUGUGUGUGUGUUUGUGUCAGAUUGUGCUGAUGGGCUGCUGGAGACAAUGUUAAAAUAAUGAAUAUUGUUUAUAAGAAAUAAAGAUAAACAGUAAAUGGUGUUCUUUAGAGUUUAUUCAAUAAUUGUAUUCAAUAUAUGUUAGACUGUGGUGGGGGCAUGGAUGGGAAAUCAGCUCUGCUUGUGACACAAUGAAGACUGGAACAGCAGCUGAGCUUGUGUUGGAGAAAAAAAAAGAAUAAAAGCUACAGUAACGUUCCUCCUAAUCUUUCAUUUGCAAAUUAGUUAAAACAUCAUUCAUCCAUAAUCCAAAACCAUUUAUUUUUCAUGGUCGUGGGAGGAGGGGCUAGUGUCGAUCCCAGCUGACAUUGGGCAGGGGACACCCUGGACAGGUCUCCAGACUAUCACAGAGCGGACACAUAGAGACACACACCGUACGGGCAUGUAGAGUCCUAAAUGAACGUGAUCCUCUUUGUGCUUUGGGAGGAACCCGGAGAAAACCCACGCUGAGACCUGCUCAGAAAACAUGCUAACUAAACAUAGAAAGGAGUCUGCAUGUCCAGCCUGGGAUCGAACCCCGGCCCCUCUCCAUGUGAGGCCAUAUUUUUCCUUAUCGUCUACAAACUGUAAUAAAGACAGAAACCAACAUUGUUAGUCUGUCGCCCAAUACUGUCUGACUUUUUAUCUAUGGCUGUCAGCUCCAAGAUCAUUGGUUCCCACUGAAGUCAAAAAUCUUUAAACACACAAAUGUAAAUUUUUGUCAUUUUUCUAAAACCGCUGGUCACUGCGGUUUUUAAUCAAAUAAAAAGGAGGAAAAAGUAAAGGUUGUUUGGGACUAUUUUCAGGGGCGGAUUUAACCACAUUUGGUGCUCUACUUAGUAUUUGUGACAGUAGGACGGCGUAUGUGGGAUUGAGUCAAAGUAUACUACAGUAUGUGUGUUCAUGGUAGGACCUUGUCAGCUAAACUAGAAACCCUUUAUAAAGUUCAGCAAACAUACAAUAUUUAUGAUUCAUACAUGCUAAUUUGAUCAUGGAUCUGCUUGAAUGAGCCGAGGAGGCCCCUGCUUUUUUAGGAUUUUGGUGUUAAAUUUGAAAUGAAUCCGUUCCUCUCUUCCUCCUCGGAGAGAGAACCAGCGUCCACAGAGAGGUGGUGCUCAGCUGACGUUCUCCUUCAUGUGCAUGUUGAAACAUUCUGUGUCGCUGUGAACUCAAACAAAUCCUACUUAUUUAAUGUCUUUGAACACAUUCUGAUAAAUUCAGCAUUCUUGGAGUUUGUUCUUUCUAUCAAAUUAUUAAACAGUGGAAUCUUUGCUCAACAGGAUUGAUCCCAGUUAUACAAACAUUUUGAAUUGUUUUUCUUGCUGUGCCGUUAAUUUCCCUCACCAUUUACGACCUGUGGAUUUCUCUCCAGUUCCCCCGUAAAACGGGAUUUCCACUCAUUAGGAUUGUUUCAAAAUAUUGUUUCCCUCAAACCAUCCAGU